ACGAUCUCAUCACAGGUCGUCGGGCAACCAUACUGUCUUAGAUCGUGUUUGGGUCCGAGAAAAAUAGUCGUUAAUAAUUUUGGUCGUUCGAUAUCCAGUAUAUUUCAAUUCGUGGUUUGGACGAUCGGCAAGGAUAAUAUUUUAGGAUACCUAGCGCUACCGGUGUUCGGUAAAUAAAUAUCUCAAUAUUGCAUGUAUGAAUUGCGUAGUACUGCCUGCAGUACACGGUCGACAAUGCGCUCGGAAAUAUUAAAAAAAAUCCAUCGUGUUUAAUACAGUGUGCUAAGUGUUUAAACUGUUUUUGUUUUUUUUAAAUUAUUAAUUAAUCUUGUGUAUGUGUGUAUGGUCUCGCUAAAUUAUAAAUUAUACUACCUACGAUGUGUCGGAAGAUUUUGAUUCUAGUUUGAAAACAUUAACGUACCCGGUAGGUUUACUUACCUAGGUAGUGAAAAAUUAAUUGUUACAAUGAUAAAUAUCUUAACCAUUUCGCAAUCCAUACAUUGCAUUCAAACCUAUGUUGCAGACUUGUAGCUACUCAUGGCUAUGCUGGAAAGUUGGGCACUCACAAUUCACUGUUGCAACUACAUUAAAAGAACCUCUUCAGUUCAGAACUUUGUCAAUAUGUACAAAACAGAUCUGAAUGAUUCAAAGUCAAAUAAUAAUGAGACUGCUGCAGAUCAAAAGAAUGAUGAAAAUAAAUUUGGAUCGUCAACAGUAUGCAUUACUAAACCUUUAUAUAAUGAAUUGAAAGAUCAAUGCUUUAAAAAUAGUGUUGUAAGGCUUGAAGAACAUAAGGAAUUAUACAAACCAAUACGUACUAUAAGGAAAACAUUUUGCAGCGCAUCUAUAUUUAACCAUAACGCUGUUACGAAUAAAAAACUUUUCUCAAACAAAGAUGAUCAGAAAUAUAAAGAUCCUACUAUUGAUAAUUCAUGCCAAUCACGUUGUGAAAAGCCAAUAGAUUCAUAUGAUAUACCUGGCUCUAACAUAAUAUCAGAUACAAUAGUAAAAUUAACUGAACAUGGCAAUGAAUGUAAUCUAUUUGAAUCUAGUAAACGAAGUGAACUGGAAAAUAAAUUAAAUGAUCCAUCACUGUUUUAUACGAAUAUUCCAAAGACUAUAUUAGGAAAUCUUUCACAGUUUUUUGAUAAGCAUCGAACUGGUGUUGACCUCCAUAAAAUGAUGAAAUUAUUCCGUUCAAAAUACGGCCGAUCUUAUGAACCAUUGAAUUAUGGCUACUCUUCCGAAAAACAUAUGUUUGAAUCUUUAGACAAAAUGGUAGAAAUAAAAAAUAGUGUGCUGUAUACAAAAGAUCCUUUUGCCUAUACAAAAUUAUUAAAAACAAUAAAUCCUAUUGACAUGAAUGAAAAUACUGCUCUUUUAUUACCGGGUAAUGAUUUUCUAUUGAAUUACUCGAGCAGUGAUAUCUGCAAUGGAAGAUUCAAGUAUUCUACAAUUAAGUUCAAUGAUCUGAAAUUAAUAAAGGUCAUUGUUGCUGACGUUUACAACCCUAAUUCAUUUUAUAUUCAAUUAGCAAAGGAAGUUGAUAUUCUGAAUAAAUUCAUGGAUGAAUUGCAAGAGUUCUAUAAUGAAAAUGAAGAAAAGUACAAAGUUUCGGCAAAAUUAAUUCUUCCAGAAUUGCCAUGUACCUCAUAUAUUAAAGGUACCAAUUUCUGGCACAGGGCUAAAGUUUUAAAAAUAGUCGAUGAAGAAAACGUGCAAUUGUUUUUUGUUGAUUAUGGAACAAUUGAAAUAAUACCAAAAAGAAAUAUCAGACUUUUACAAUCAAGAUUUAGCGCUUAUGCUACUCAAGCAAUACACUGUGGUUUAUACAAAUGUAGAGAGUACAAUUAUUCAAGAGAAAUAAGUGAAUAUUUUGCUGAUAUGGUAGAGCACCAUGUGUUAGAAGCUCAGGUCCAUCCACCAAUUCCCAAAGAUGAUUGUGAAAAAAUAAUGGUUACAUUAUUUUUAAAUACCAAAUAUGAUCAAAUUAAUUUGAACAAACGAAUCUUCAAAGUUCUUGCAAACGUGAGAAACGAGAGUCAUUCAUCAACAUUCCAAAACCCUUAUAAAAGAUAAUUUAUAAAUUUAAUAAAAGAAAUAAAUAAAUCAAAUUUUGACUUUUUCAAAAGAAUGAAGUAAUACAGCAUAAAAAUAAAGAAUGUUCACAUAAGAAAAAAUAUUGAUUUCAAUUUUUAAAUAUAUAAUUUUGCUAUAUCUAUAUAUUGUGAUGUAUAUCUGAUAACUUAACACAGU